UUACAGCGUUGAGCGAGGCGGCAGGGAGGGUGGUCGAUUGUGUAAGGUCGAUUAUAUCAGGUUCGACUCUCAAUUCAGCUAUCUACGGGAUCUCCAAGUUCCAACGAUGGAGACUCCAACAAUCAUAUGCAAGGCCCUGAAGGAACAGGGCGUGCAGUACAUGUUUGGAGUGGUUGGAGUUCCUGUGGUGGAGGUGGCCAUUGCAGCGCAGCAGGAGGGCCUCCAUUACAUUGGGAUGCGUAACGAGCAGUCUGCGGCGUACGCGGCCCAGGCGGUGGGCUACCUGACGCAGCGGCCGGCCGUCUGCCUAGCCGUCUCCGGACCGGGGGUGCUGCAUGCCAUUGGUGGCAUGGCCAACGCUAGCGUCAACUGCUGGCCGCUGAUUGUUAUAGGCGGCGCUAGUGAUGCGCCGCUAGAGGGCACUGGCGCCUUCCAGGAGUGGCCCCAGGUGGAGGCGUGUCGCCCCUACUGCAAGUACGCGGCCCGUCCGCCGUCGGCUGAACUGGUGCCCUACCAUGUGAUGAAGGCAGUGAAGGAGGCCACAUACGGACGGCCAGGCGCCGCGUACCUGGAUUUCCCCGGCGACCUCCUGCAGUCCUGUGUGCCGGAGUCGGAGGUUCAGUGGUGCCCGCCGCUGGCGCCCCCUCCUCGCGCCCUGGCCGAGCCGAGCCAGGUGACGGCGGCGGUCGGACUGCUCCGGGGAGCGGCCAGACCCCUGGUGGUCGUCGGAAAAGGCGCCGCGUACGGCCGUGCCGAGUCGGAGGUGCGCCGACUGGUGGAGCGCUCCGGUCUACCGUUCCUGCCCACCCCCAUGGGGAAGGGCGUGCUGCCUGACGACCACCCGCAGUGUGUCUCCGCUGCCAGGUCCCUGGCGCUGGGCGAGGCGGACGUGGUGCUCCUGCUGGGAGCCCGGCUCAACUGGAUGCUGCACUUCGGGCGACCGCCGCGGUUCGGCGCCCAGUGCCGCUUCAUACAGGUGGACAUUUCCCCGGAGGAGUUCCACAACAGCGUGCCGGCGUCGGUGACCCUGCUGGGCCAGGUGGCUGAGGUCACAGGUCAGCUGGCGGAGGCCUGGGGUCAGUCGGGACCGGCCGGCGCUGACCCCGGCCGGCUCGGCACCUGGUGGCAGCGACUGCGAGAGAAGGCGGCCGCCAACCAGCUGGGUGUGAAGUCGCAGAUUGCUGACACCUCUGUCCCGCUCAACUACUAUGCGACUCUGCAGUGUGUCCAGGACAACAUCCCCAAAGACAGCAUCAUCGUCAGCGAGGGCGCCAACACGAUGGACAUCGGCCGCACGCUGCUGCUGAACCGCCAGCCGCGCCACCGACUCGACGCCGGCACCUUCGGAACCAUGGGCGUCGGACUGGGCUUCGCCGUCGCUGCUGCCAUCUAUUGUCGUCAGGAGAAACUAGCCGAGAGGGUGAUUUGCGUGGAGGGAGACUCUGCGUUUGGUUUCAGCGGAAUGGAGGUGGAGACCAUGUUUAGGUACCGUCUUCCGAUCAUCGUCAUUGUCAUCAACAACAACGGCAUCUACUCGGGCCUGAACCGGCCUCUGUGGGACGACCUCACCGCCGAGACAUCCGGGUCAAUCAGCUCGCCACCCACGGCGCUGCUGCCGGACAGCCGGUACGACCGUAUGACGUCACUGUUCGAGGGAGAGACUAGUCCGUCGGGCUGGAACUGCACCACCAUCCCGCAGUUGAAGACGGCGCUGGAGGCGGCGCUCCAGGUGACGAAUCGACCCACCAUCAUCAACGUCAUGAUCGACCCCAUGUCGACGCGGAGGCCGCAGGCACACGACUGGCUCACGCGCGCCAAAAUGUAAGACUCGCGCCACGAAUGGGUCGCACGCGCCAAAAUGUAAGCGGCGCCAAUAUGAGGUGCCAUUGAUUCGCGCCACAACAGGUUGAACCGCGCCAAAACGUAAUACCGGCGCGGGUGGAGGCGCAAAAAUCGUUGUUCGAGUCGCAUCUGGGGAGUGAUUAGUCAAAUGGGGCUACGGUGUGCGGUGACUACGGUGACUUCAGUUGCUCAGGUGCUAAAUAUGUGAUCGAUCCUGGGUAAAGAUGCAAUAUUUUUAGAAAUGAUUAUAUUGUUAUGUAGAAUAGUUAUUCGAAAGCGAUUAGCUUUGAUGUGCUUCCAGGAAAAUAUGCCUGAUUUGUGCUAUGACUGCGUGCUCAAUUUAGAUGUGUGAGUAACGGAGAGCGAAUGUCCUUGCUCGAGGCUCUUCGUGAAGGGACUCGAUCAGUCUCAAUCUCUACUGCCCCACAAGUAUACAUUAUGCAGUGCCAUUUGCGCUUGCUGUGGGUCCAAAGAAAGUGAAGUAGCCAACUCAGUGCGUUGAAGUCCUACAAAACUCGAUUCCAGACCACUGUUGUGUUUGUAUAUAGGCCCCCCCGAGGCCCCCUACUUGGACCGCCUCUGCGACCCCACGGUGCCAGGUGCCUGUGAGCGCCCCUGCCGGCGCCAGCUGACCGUGCGCGCCAAGCGGCGUGACUGGCGCACGGGACGUGGGCUGGCGCUCGCCAUACUUUUUUACGUUUCGAUCUCUCUCUCGGCCCAUUCGCACCGGUCUAAAAUAAAUCGCGUUGAUAUUCAUAAGCUCUUUCACUUCGAACCGAUAAACGACAACUAAACAUGGCGCGGUCGGUUUUGUGAAUUACUACGUGAUUGAGCAUACCGCGAUGACUAUCAUUCAAGAACUGACGGCACUGCUGGAGAGGCAAGUGAAGAGAGCCGCCGACGCCGACAAGCGCCUGGAGCGCUUGGAGAGGCUGCUAACCAGGGAGCCCUCCGCGGGGACGGACGCGACGACCGGAGUGUCAGAGUCGGGGGCUGAGCGAGGCGCUGAUGGAUCCGUUGGACCAGCUGCCGCUGCCCGCCGGACUGUCUGCCUGCCGGUGUCGGCGACCCCGCCCGCGCAACCGAAGUCGGCAUCGACGUGCAACGGCCGUGCCGAGUGCAGUGUUCACGACAGUGAUUUAGGAGCGGUGAGCCGCAGGCUGGAGGACUUUGAGCUGACGCUCAAAUACGCCGUGAACGUUUGUCGGGCGAGCGAUGGUGCCCGUGUCACGUGCCCAGACCUCCGCGGCAACGAGGGACAUUCCGCGGCGCGCCUGCCGGCCUACAAGAGGCGCAGGCGGCCGAGUGUCGCCCAUUCCGCUACCGCCACAGAUCAUCAGUUUCUUGAGCGUUGCCCUACCUGUGGCCGUCGCCAGCACGCCGGCGGAGACACGUGUCGCGCCGCUGGCGCCAUCUGUCGUGCGUGUGGCGAACCGGGGCAUUUUGAGAUUGUGUGCCACCAGAGGAGCUCCACGGCGGUCGCCGGGAGCCGCGUCACCGCUGCUGACGGUGCUGCAGUGCCUGGAGACCCUGCCCGUGGUUCACCAGCUCGCAGUGGCCAGCGAGAGCAGCACGAGCGGGACGCACAGCGAGUGAAGAACGGACACCUCAGCAGUAGCGGCACCCGCCCGACGGCUGAUCGUCCCGUGGCGACAUCUGCAGCGACGAAAGUACGCGACUCACCGGUGGUGGCGCCAGUAACGGUAGCCACCGGCACCGCCGUGUUGCCGCCGCCGGCGGACACGGGCCAAGCCGGGCAAACUGCACUUCACCCCGCCGAGCUGAGUGACGCUGCUGAGGUCCACGGAGCCUGCCCGCCGCCGGCGGGAGGCUGGCCAGCGCAGACCAUGGACGGCGAGGCAGCCCCUGACAACGCCGUG